AAAAGUAAGGAAUGAAGGAGUAACUAGUUUCAUUUUUUUGUUGCAGAGAAUCAGAUGAAGAAAAAAAAUAUUAGAAGAAGAUGAGCGCUGAAGCUACAAAAAGAAGUUUCAAGUUUAAAAAACCUGGAACUGCUUUGAGUCUGAACAAGAGAACUGAUGCAGCCACUUUCUCUAAAACCUCCAGUCAUGUGGCAUCUGAUAUAUCUGCAAAAGUACCACCAGUGGCUUCAAACAACCAAUCAAAAAGUUUCUACAGUGUACCACCAGAGCCACUGAAGGAUUAUCCAAUCACAGUUAAUGAUAUUGAUGAUGACUUUGAUAUACCUUUAUCCUUCAGAUCAUCCAAGCAGAAUGAAGGAGUUCAUAACACAGCUGUCCAAAGCAAAUCCUUGAAAAAUAAAUUACAGACAUCUAUAACAAGUUUUGCCAAGAGUAAGCCAGAUAAACCUGUUGCAACAGUUGCCCCUCACAGUGCUCCUGUAAAAGUUGCACCUAUUGCUCCAUGCAUGGGAACUAAAAGGAAAGAGAUAUCUCCAUUGUUAUUGACCAAUCAGAAUGUGGCACAUGAAAAUACAGUCAUAAGUAUGUUUGGAGUAUCUGAUGAUGAUGAUGAUGACCUCACAGACUUUGAUAUGCCAGUAUCUCCAACUUUGACAAGGAAAAGUGAUGGAAUAUCGUCAUCACAGAGAGCCUCCACAGAAAAGAGAACAAAUAGUGGUGAACAACAGACAAAGAGAAGACGGACACUACCAAUUGCAGAUAGUGAUGAAGAAACACAGAUGGAAGAUUUAACCUCAGAAAUCAACGACCAUCAUGUGAUGGAAGAUCUUAGCUCAGGAAUCAACGACCAUCAUGUGAUAAAUGGACAGGAUAAACCAAAAAAUGAAGUUACAUCAAACUAUCCUGUCCAGUACAAGAAUAAGUCAGAACCAUCAGAAGAAGAAAAAGUUGAAAGGGUAACAGUGCUAUUAAAAACCAUGGAUGAGAUCUGUAGUAUAAUAGGAAAAGUUAGUACCAAUGAUCUGAUGUCUGUUGUAUGGCAGGAUUAUUCCAGGCUCCAAACCUUGUUAGCAUUAAGGAAGAAGAUAACGGACCAGUCGACUGUGGAAGAUGCUUGUAAAUUUGUUACCCAGAAGUCUAGUCUGUCUGGAAAUAGAAAUUUGAAGAAAAGUCCAUCUUUUCAGAGAUCAACUAGUCCAUCAUUACUUUCACCUAGAAACAUAUCAUCUACCUCGACUCCAUAUAACUCAUUAAAUCAAUCGUCUAUAAAAUCAAUUCAGUCCAAAAAGGUGUCUGGUAUUUGUUCGUCUGUGAUAACUUCACCUUUUACUUGUGGUGAGAGUUUCUUUGAGGCCGAUGCUCCAAUGACGCAAUCACAUGCAAGUUAUAUUUCUUCUGUCAGUAAGAACUCGCCUAUCACAAGCUUCUCACAUCUAACAGGAAACCACACAAAGGGAAGUAACUUUGCUAGUCCUGUGUUCAAUUUUAACAAAAAUGCUGCUAGUGUUUUGAAAUCAAAUACCUCAGAUUUUGAAAGCUCUGCUUUGUUUCAUUCUUCUCAACCUCAGCCAAUGGAUGAUGACAUAGAUUUUGGGUACAGGAUAUCAGAAAAUGUGCCAAGUAAAAAGAAUUGUUCAGUGGAACCAAUGAUCAAGAAUAAUAAUAACUUUGAUACAAAUUUUUCUGAUGAUGAUUUGUUUGCGGUAGAAGACUUUGAUGAUGAAUUCACAGAAGAAAUGGAUUUACCAAGAAUAGCAACACCUAGCAGACAAAACAAACCUGGUUUAUUGGAUGUAACACCAAACUUUCCAAAUAGAAUUUCACCUAAUACCUCUACAUCAUCAAAAUAUGAAACUCCACCAAUUCCAGUACAGAAGAGUGCACAGGAGAAAAGAGAUGAUGAAAACAAAGUUUUUGAUAAUUUUAACUUCCCUCAUUGUAAGGACAUGAUGAAGAUAUUCACUACUGUGUUUGGUCUAAGAUCCUUCAGACAAAAUCAGCUGGCUGCCAUCAAUGCUGCACUACUGGGAAACGAUUGUUUUAUACUUAUGCCAACAGGUGGUGGUAAAAGUCUAUGUUACCAGUUACCAGCUCUAGUCACUGGUGGUGUGUCUAUAAUCAUAUCCCCACUUAAAGCCUUGAUACAGGAUCAGGUUACACGUCUCAACUCAAUGGAGAUUCCUGCUGGACAGUUAUCAUCAGACUUAGACGAACAACAAACAGCCUUUAUGUACAAGAAACUUCAUUGUAGAAAACCAGAGCUUACAUUGUUGUAUGUUACUCCUGAAAAGAUAUCUGCCAGCAAUAAACUUUUGAGCUGUUUUGAGAGUCUUCACCAGAGGGGACAGUUGGCCAGAUUUGUAAUUGAUGAAGCUCACUGUGUCAGUCAGUGGGGACAUGACUUUCGUCCUGAUUACAAGAAACUGAAUUUGUUAAAACUGAAAUUUCCUGGAGUUCCAGUCAUGGCGUUGACAGCCACAGCUACUCCUAGAGUUAGAAAGGACAUCAUACAUCAACUGGGAAUGAGAAAUCCUAAAUGGUUUGUUCAGAGUUUCAACAGACCAAAUUUAAAGUUCUCUGUGAUGCCAAAGAAACCAUCCACAUUGACUGCUGAUAUAAUUAAAAACAUCAAAGAAAGGUUUCCUGGAAAAUGUGGAAUUGUUUAUUGUUUAUCAAGAAAUGAGUGUGAUACAGUAGCUGGUAACUUAAUGAAAGCAGGGAUACAGGCUGUUUCUUAUCAUGCUGGUUUGAGUGAUGGAGAACGUAUUACAGUACAGGAGUCUUGGCUUAAAGGGUACAGAUGCAAGGUUAUAUGUGCCACCAUUGCCUUUGGUAUGGGUAUAGAUAAAUCAGAUGUUAGAUUUGUCAUCCACUACUCCCUCCCCAAGUCUGUAGAGGGGUACUAUCAAGAAGCAGGUAGAGCUGGUAGAGAUGGACUGAUGGCUCAUUGUAUACUGUACUAUAAUUAUCAGGAUGUGAAAAGACUCAGGAGGAUUAUGGACAUGGAUAAAAAUGCUAACUGGGAUUCCAAGAAGGUCCAUAUAGAUAACUUGUUCAGGAUGGUUCAGUAUUGUGAGAACGUUGCUGAUUGUAGGAGAGCUCAGCUCCUCCAUUACUUUGGAGAACAUGACUUUGACACAGAUACUUGUGAUAGCUUUAGAGGAUCCAUCUGUGAUAAUUGUGUAUCUAAAGGUACAUUUACAAUAAGAGAUGUAACAGAAGAUGUGAAAGAAAUCAUUAAAGCUGUGAAAGACCUAACAAGUGGAGGAAACAGGAGAUCUAAUAAUUAUACAUUGUUACAUUUUGUGGAGAUAUUUAGAGGAGCAAAGACGUCAAGAAUUUGUGAUGCUGGACACGACAAGAUAAGUUUACAUGGUCGUGGUAAAAGUUACAGCAGAGGUGAUGCAGAGAGAUUAUUGAGGAAACUAGUGAUAGAAUCUAUACUGGCUGAGGAUCUACAGAUCACUGCCGCUGACACUGCUGCCUGUUAUAUCAGGAUGGGAAAGAAAGCUAAUGAUGUCAUGUAUAAUAAGAUAAAGGUAGAGCUACCUAUCCAGGGAGGCGGUAGAAGAACUGAGGUGGCUAAGAUUGGCAGAGAACCAGUCAGUGAGAAACAGAACUUGAUUGACAAGUGUUAUGAUGAAUUAGUUGAAAUGGCUAAAGAAAUUGCUGCUGAAUAUGGAGUUCGGAACUUUGUGAUGAUAUUUCCAACAAAUUGUUUAAGACAAAUGGCGGAGAGAACACCCACAACAGUUGAUGAAAUGGUGACCGGAAUAGACAAUAUGCCAAGGGCAAAGGUCACCAAAUACAAAGCAGAGAGAUUCUUAGAUGUCACAAGGAAUUAUAAGUACAUGAUUGACAGUAUUGAAGAAACAAUAUAUUCAGCAAGGCAGGAGGAGGAGGAAUUACCUCCAGAGUGGUCUUCCCCAUAUUUUGUUGAUGAAUCAAAUUCACAAUCAUCAAAAAAGAAAGGUGGUUUCAAAAAGGGUAAAUUUGGAAAGAAGAGAGGUGGAGGAGCUAGUGGAAGGGGAAGGGGUAAAGCAACAGGUGCUUCUACAGCAGCUAAAUCUGGUGGCUUUAGUCAGUGGAAGUUUAACAAGGGAGGUAAAUCAGCCAAAAAGAAAUCUGCAGGUGCUGCUUCAUCAACUCGUGGAGGUGCAGUAAACAAAGGAGGAGGAGGAGGCAUGCCUGGUAUGAUGCCUGUACCUGCUCCAAAACGAUCUUUCUUAGGAGGUGCUGCUUACAGCUUCAUGUGAAUUAAAACCAACACCUGUCAGAUAGCUACUCCAUCACUGCCAGAUAGUUACUCCAUCACAGAGGAUUUUUACUCUAUAUGUACUAGACAUGGAAGAAGUUCUUCAUAGAGUUAAAUGAAAAAUACAUGUGUGCAAGGAACAUUGAAAGCUUGAAAAAAUCUGGAUUUUCUGAUUACUGUAUGAACGCUUAAUAAUUUUUGUUCACAGUACAUAAUGGGAUUUUGCGAUAAGGGGUCAUUUGAGAUUACAUGCAACUUUGAUAUUUUUAGCAGUUGUCAGCUGUAUAAAUGAAUUGGUUCAAAAGAAAUUUUGUAAUUCUUGUUGGUUAUUUUAUUUAUUAAAUGUUUCUUUGUC